AAGAAUCUUUCUCGACUCUUAAAAAUCUGACCGGCGGAGAUGGCUUUGAGUUGGACCAGUCGGAGAAUUAGGGUUUCAACGGGGACUCGCUAGUCAUCCACUCUCCGAGCCUUUCUUCUCCCCGCCCAAAAUCCCGUCGAAAGUUAUCUUCUUCAACAUUGAUUUGCCUCAUUCUCUGCCCAUUUUCACGUUACUGCUUCGUUUAGCUGUUGUUUCGUUAACUCUGUUGUUUGCCCUACAGCACGAGCAUCAAUGGCUUCUCCUAAAAAAGCUACGUAUGCUCAAAUGCUCAGCCGCCCACCACCAAAUAUUCUCCCCAUCCAACCACCAGAGAAAAAGAAGGACCUUCAAUCUGAAGCCGAAAAGGAUCCACUUUUCGAAGUACCUUUUCUAUGGGACUUCGAGAAUUCCCCAAUCAGGUCUGAUCAAGUGGCCCAGUUAGAGGCAAACAUCAAUUCGUCUCUACAAACAUUACAUCCUAAGUUACAUUUGGCAAAACGAAAGUACGGAGCUGGUAACACGAAUCUGGAUUUUGUUAAAGGUCAUCGAGCGAAACUUCAUGAGAUGGGUUUUCAUAUGGAUGAUUCUGUUAUACCCGGUCGUUAUUGCUUUGUCUGCAAGGGUGACCGCGAAGUGGGGGAUUUUGGAGAUUACUACAUGCGACUUAGGGAGGUAGCUGAUCGUAUGAUCCUCCAACAACUCCAACGCCACGUACUCAACGGUUCACCAUCAAGAUUUGUCCUUCUCGUUUCGAGAAAUGCCGAUUUUAAGCUCUCCAUGGAGUUCCUGAAAGCAAAAAAUUACAUUGUGUUCUUAGCCAUACUCGGCAAGACGAAUGAAGCAUUUACUCACACUGGAAACUUCGUGUGGGAUUGGGAGAAGAUGCCAGAUGGAAAAGCAAGCCCAAUAUGGCCGCUAGUGAUUAGGAAGACGAAGUGAAUUAGCGGGAAAAUGGAUUGUUAUUAUUAUUACUGGCUCUGAUUGUCUGUUGACAGAUGGCAGGUCGAUUGACACGUAUUGCUAUUGUGAGUUCUGACUGUUGCUAGCCAAAUAAAUUUCGCCAAGAGUGCAAGAAGAGUUGUCCUGUGGUCAAGACAGGAAAACUUUGUAUUGAGGUGACUAUUGGUUCCAAGCUUGCUUUUAUCUCAGAGGAUUUGUGCAUUGGUUGCGGUAUUUGUGUGAAGGUGUAUGUAUGCAUAGGCUCUUUCCAAUUUCGAAUAUGCCUCUGGAAUUGUCCCCAUUACUGGGACGCUGAAUGUACUACUCUGCUGUUGCACAAUUGUAGAAAUGCCCGUUUGAAGCUAUUCAGAUUAUCAAUCUUCCAAGAGACUUAUGGGCCAAACACUUUUAAGUUUCACAUGUUCGUUUAUCUUAUUAUUUUCCUGAAUAUUCUACCCCUCUUGUAGUGUUAAGACAAUGGAAACUCUGUCUUUACUUCCAGGCUCCCAGUUCCAAGGCUGGGGCAGGUGCUAGGGUUGGUUGGAACAAAUGGUAUUGGAAAAUCAACUGCUCUGAAAAUUUUGGCUGCAAAGCUCAAACCAAAAUUCGGGCCGUUUCACUGUAAUAGCCUCUCCUGAGUUUAUAAACUUUUAUCUUCGAAAUUUGCAUCUCUUUCCUAGUUGAUGUAUUUGUCUGUACAAGAGAACAUUGUUGAGAUCAAAGGUGCUUAUGAAGAUAGACAAUCGAUACAUUUGGUGAUGGAGUUGUGUGAUGGUAGUGAAUUGUUUGAUAGGAUUCUAGCUCAGGGACAUUACUCUGAGAAAGCAGCUGCUGGUGUUAUUAGAUCGAUUUUGAAUGCUGUUCAGAUUUGUCAUUUCAUGGGAGUGAUACAUCGUGAUCUUAAGCCUGAGAAUUUCUUGCUCGCUAGUACUGAUGAGAAUGCUAUGCUUAAAGCUACUGAUUUUGGAUUGUCUGUGUUCAUUGAAGAAGGAAAAGUUUACAGGGAUAUAGUAGGAAGUGCUGACUAUGUUGCUCCUGAAGUAUUAAGACGAAGUUAUGGAAAAGAAAUAGAUAUUUGGAGUGCAGGGAUUAUUCUAUACAUCUUGCUUUGUGGUGUGCCUCCUUUUUGGGCUGAAACUGAGAAGGGGAUAUUUGAUGAGAUUAUAAAGGGAGAAAUUGAUUUCCAGAGCCAACCAUGGCUUUCUAUAUCUGAGAGUGCUAAAGACCUUGUGAGGAAGUUGCUUACUAAGGACCCUAAGCAACGAAUCUCAGCGGCACAAGCUCUUGAACAUCCUUGGAUUAAAGGAGGAGAAGCACCCGACAAGCCUAUUGAUAGUGCUGUGUUAUCUCGGAUGAAGCAAUUCCGAGCAAUGAACAAACUUAAGAAGCUAGCUCUUAAGAGUCUCUCAGAAGAGGAAAUUAAAGGUCUUAAAACCAUGUUUACGAAUAUGGAUACCGAUAAAAGCGGCACAAUCACUUACGAAGAACUGAAAACCGGGCUGGCUAAACUUGGCUCUAAACUCACUGAAGCUGAAGUGAAGCAACUCAUGGAAGCCGCUGAUGUAGAUGGUAAUGGAACAAUCGACUACAUCGAGUUUAUCUCAGCGACGAUGCAUAGAUACAGAUUUGAUCGAGAUGAACACGUAUUCAAAGCCUUCCAAUACUUCGACAAAGACAACAGCGGGUUUAUCACAAUGGAUGAGUUGGAGUCAGCCAUGAAAGAGUAUGGUAUGGGAGAUGAAGCUAGCAUCAAAGAAGUCAUAGCGGAAGUCGAUACAGAUAAUGAUGGAAGAAUAAACUAUGAAGAAUUUUGUGCGAUGAUGAGAAGUGGUAUCACACUGCCGACACAAGGGAAACUUCUUCCAGUCCAAUGACUGAUAAAUCGAAAAGCCUUGAUAGAGGAACUUAAAAUUAAUUAGAUAGCCUACGACCGUGCAAAAGAGUUGCUGACUUAAACUGGAUACUAUUUGUGUUGUUCAUUGAAGAAGGUGACUUAAACUGGAUACUAUUUUCUUGCUCGCUAGUACUGAUGAGAAUGCUAUGCUUAAAGCUACUGAUUUUGGAUUGUCUGUGUUCACUGAAGGUAAGUUUGUGUAAUCAAAUCCUCUUCUUCUGGUU